GGCCGGCGCUGCGCAAGGCCCGGGCGGGCGGCGGAGGAGCCCCGGCCGGAACCCUGCCGUCGGCCCGAUGUGGCGCGGGUCGGUGCCGAGCCCUGAGGAGGGAUUAAAAGAUGGUUCAUGAAGCUGCGAGUUGGCUCCCUAGGCGAAGGGGCCGUUCCGGGGCUCGCCCCGCCGCCUGGCCGAGAGGUGCGAGGGGUUAGGCCGGGGAGGAGCGGGGAUGGAGGGCUCGGGCGAUGCCUCCCGGGCCGUGGCCGACUGGCGCCUGGCCGUGGGGACCCUGUGCUCCGUGCUCCUGCCCGUGCUCAUCACGGCGUGGUGCAGCUUCCAGCGGUCCCGGCGGCAGCUGCUGAUACGGGACAUCUUCCGUAAAAGCAAACACGACUGGCACUACACGGACCUCUUCGGGCAGCCCUCGUACUGCUGCGUGUGCUCCCAGCACAUCCUCCGCGGCGCCUUCUGCGGCUGCUGCGGGCUGCGCCUCUGCGAGAGCUGCCUCAAGAAGGCGGACCGGCGCUUCCUCUGCAAGGAGAUCAUGAUGAGGGGCACCGGCGGAGCCCCCAGCUCCAUGCCGCACCACUGGAUCAGGGGCAACGUCCCCCUCUGCAGCUGCUGCAUGGUCUGCAAACAACAGUGCGGCACACAGCCCAAGCUCUGCGACUACAGGUGUGUAUGGUGUCAGUACACUGUGCAUGAYGAAUGCAUGAUGGAUUGUUUGAGGACUGAGGAUUGUACAUUUGGAGAAUUCAAAGAUUUAAUUAUUCCACCCUAUUAUUUGUCUACAAUCAACCAGAUGCGUAAAGAGAAAAGAACAAGUUAUGAAAAGGUGGUCCCUUACAGCAGCAAACACUGGAUGCCAGUGAUUGUGCUGGCUAACACUCGCAGUGGAAACAACAUGGGGGAAACUUUACUGGGAGAAUUYAAAAUGCUGCUGAACCCCGUUCAGGUUUUUGAUCUCAGCAAAAUUACACCUGCUAAAGCACUCCAGCUCUGCACUUUGCUGCCUUGCAAUGCUGUCAGGGUUCUGGUCUGUGGUGGGGAUGGCACAGUGGGCUGGGUCCUGGAUGCAAUUGAUGAAAUGAAGAUAAAGGGGCAAGAACGAUAUAUUCCACAAGUUGCAAUUUUACCYCUGGGAACAGGGAAUGACCUGUCUAAUACACUGGGCUGGGGUGCAGGUUAUGCUGGAGAAGCCCCUGUAGAGCAGAUCUUACGAAAUGUCAUGGAGGCAGAUGGAGUCCAACUAGACAGAUGGAAGGUUCAAGUAACAAACAAAGGAUACUACAACUUAAGGAAACCAAAGGUAUUCACAAUGAAUAACUACUUCUCUAUAGGACCUGAUGCUCUCAUGGCUUUAAAUUUCCAUGCCCAUCGUGAGAGAACUCCCUCUCUGUUUUCCAGCAGAAUUAUCAAUAAGGCUGUUUAUUUUUUUUAUGGAACCAAAGACUGCUUAGUACAAGAAUGUAAGGAUCUUAACAAGAAAGUUGAGCUAGAGUUGGAUGGUGAGAGGAUCGAGUUGCCCAAUUUGGAAGGCAUCAUUGUGCUGAAUAUUGGAUACUGGGGAGGUGGCUGCAGGCUCUGGGAAGGAAUGGGGGAUGAACCUUACCCCUUGGCRAGACAUGAUGAUGGACUUCUGGAAGUUGUUGGUGUWCAUGGUUCUUUCCACUGUGCCCAGAUCCAGGUGAAGCUGGCAAAUCCUGUGCGCCUGGGGCAGGCACACACAGUGAGGCUGAUCCUGAAGAGCUCCAAGAUGCCGAUGCAGGUGGAUGGGGAGCCCUGGGCACAGGGGCCCUGCACUGUCACCAUCACUCACAAGACCCACGCGAGGAUGCUGUACCACUCKGGGGAGCAGACAGAUGAUGAUGAUGCCUCCAGCCUGUCAGAGUGACACCAGAGCAGGGGGAUAAACACCUGGAGAUUUGGUGGSAUUUCACUGAGGAACUUCAGCUUGUUAAAACACCGAGGACGCCUGAUCUUAGAUUAAGGUUUAUGCCCUAAGGUUCRUACUUGUGAAUGAACUAGAGCUGAGGAAAAAGCCAUGCUUUCRCACCCAUGGAAACUUUCACAGCUGAAUUGCCACCACUGGUUUGCUUUUAGGUUGGUGGGGAUGGCCUCCAGCCUUUCCAGAUGGUGUGUUCCUCUAAUGGCUGAAAGGGGACAGAUGCUGCAGCCCUUCCUUUCUGUGGAAUCAGACCUUCUGCAAAUACCCAUUACAGUGUGAGAGAUACUUCAUCCCCUUGGCAAGGGGCACAGCUGGCAGUUUGACCUGCUUCCACUUUCCCUCUUCCCCAGAACCAAACSAGAAAUCCAGACCAAGCAGGAUGUGCUUGGGACCAGGAGCAGUAACUGUACCUGCUUGUGCAGUGCAUUUUUAGAGGCUUCACUGGGAGAGUGAAGGAUCUGAGAGCUCUGGGGAAGGUGYUGAGCAAGAAAAUUGCUUUUGGACCAAAGGUUUCUGGAAAUGUUUAGAAAAGGACCUUUUUCAGUGGCUUUGUAAGCCAGAGAGUACCACUGAGGCCCCAACAUACAACUCAGAAUAAUUGUACCAUGACUUGCACUGAAUGAUCCUGUGACUUGACUUUGCUUCAGUUCAGUGAGAGACUAAUUCUAGUUUUUGUAAAUAGCAACGUCAGAGUUCUUGGGGAGGCUUUUUGAAGGAAAACCUGGACAAAGGAGCAUCUUUUUUAGCUGUUUAGAGGGAAGGGUUUUAAAGGAAUAAUGAUGAUUGGCAUAUGUAUUUUUUGAAGACUUGUUAAAGAUCUUGGCUCAUAAUUACCUGAGAAUGAUCAGUAGUAAGUCAGUCUGUUAACUUUCUGUUUUAAGUGUGGAGAUUGAGAGCUAAGUUUGCACAGGUUCUGGCAUUCAUGGGUAUAAUUUGAUUGUGGGGAAAAAAGCAUGGAAG